AUGGCGACCACAAGGGGACUGACAUUAAGUAGAUGGCGCCGGAGCCGUCGAGUGGAUCCCCAACAUCGUCGUGACCCACGUAAUAACAAGUCCGAUUUUCUGGGGAAGAAGCCCCACCGGCAGCACCCUGGCAUCGUGCAGCUUCCGCACGUGCGGCUGCCACAGGUGCUGGCUCUGGCCCCGCAGUCGCUGCUACUCGGCGGGGACUCACCUCCAGUCCUCCUUCUCACUCCAGGCUCACCUCAGACAGAGAAGAAACUCCUCAGAGCUGUGCCAUGUGCCCUGCACAGAGUCAGACAGGAACUGAGCUAUAAUGAAGAACUGAGCCUGGUGUACAUGGCCGCAAAACUGGAUGGUGGCUUUGCAGCAGUCUCCAGGGCAUUCCAUGAGAUCCACACUUGAGCUCCGCAGUUCCAGCCGCAGACCUUGAUGGACUUUGGCGCUGGUAUUUGUUCUGUCACCUGGGCUGCUCGCACUACUUGGGGCCAGAGCCUCCGUGAAUAUGUGUGUGUGGACAGCUCAGCUGCCAUGAGGAACUUGGCAGAAAAAUUACUGAAAGGUGGUUCAGAAUCGGGGAAGUCUUAUUUUCCAGGUGUCUUUUUCAGACAGUUCCUACCUGUGUCACCCAAGGUGCAGUUCGAUGUAGUAGUCGCAGCCUUUGCCCUCAGUGAACUGCCCAGCUCCACUCUGUGGCGUAAGACGAGCAAUUUUCUGGUGCUGGUGGAGAAUGGAACAAAAGCCAGGCACUGGCUUCUCAUGGAUGCCAGGGACCUGGUCCUCAAGGGAGAAGAGAACUCACCUUUGGACCCUGGUCCUGGCUUCAUCUUUGCCCUGUGUCCCCAUGGACUCCCUUGUCCUCACUUGAUGGCCUCUCGGCCCCUUGCCUGUAGCUUCUCCCAGGUUGCCAUCCCACCCCUUCAGCUGGUUCUAUAUUCUUGCCUUAGAAUAAGAACGCUGGCCACGAAUCACUCAGCCUGUCCUCAGAGGGCCCCGCCAUGUGCACUGUCACCUGUGCUGUCCAGACGGCAGAUGCAGCACACUGUCAUCACAGCCGGCCAGCAUGGCAGGGAUCUGUACCGAUGUACCGUGCCAGCUCCUGGGGAGAUCUUUUACCCGGAACCACUCCACCCAAGUCUCCUCCAUCACCCCCCAAACAGGUCCGCCCAAGGGCUGACAGGAAUGUGUGUCUGUAACCAGCUUUUUCUCUCAGACCUGCUGAGACCAGAGCUGCCUGGUAUCCAGGAAGGGCAGCUUAGCCCUAUACCAGUGAUCCUGGUACCCCUGAAAUUGUGACCCACUGAACUUGUGAGCUGAUAGCCCUGUAUGUCUCUGUCUGCUUGAAGUUUUAAUAAUAAUAAAUCUUUCGAGAAUGGAA